AUAUCCGUCAAACUGACAACGAGCAACAAAAUCCAAUGCCAAACUGACAACAGAAACCACCCCAAAGUUAAUUUCCAAAAAAACAAACCGCGAUAUGCCCCAAAUUACCGGUGAUCCAGCUUGUAUAGAACAAAAAUGGCUAAGUCAACCAUAAAAAGGGAUUUAAAAAAACGCGAAAACGACAUCGACGACCUCAUCAUGCUGGAAGACUCUACCAGGGGUACGUUAUGCGCCAUCCAUCAGACCAUAAAUUCCAGUGAGAACUUUCCACGUUCCAAACAUCAAAUCAUCAAAGUUUGUACCGCUCCCAAGUCGCAUUGUGACAUGUCUUGCACCAGAAUUCAAUGUCCCGGUCCUAGAUCUAGAAGGAAAUCACGCAGCAACAGUCCAUCAAAAUCUAUGGGGAGGGCACUAAGUGCUAGCGAUCCUUAUAGGAAUUAUUGUCGUAUGGAGUCGAGGAUUCAUCCUAAAGUGGAAGUUUUAGCGCGUUAUAAGACGGUUGUUCAGGAGCAGCGCAAUCAUCAGCCAUCGGCGUUUAUUACUGUCGGGAAAACUUUGAGUUGUCCGGAAAAAAUGUGCUGCAGUAAGAACUCGAAUAAAACUUCAUGUAGUUUUACGUCCAGGAGCUCUAUUCAAGUGGAUCAGUAUCACCCAUCGAGCCUCUUAAACGCCGACGAAGUGGUAAACGAACUAAAGGGCGAAAUCGAAAAAGUGAAGUCCCAACUGUACACUAUGGCCCUACAGAGGGCCAACGCCGAAUACGCGAACACGAAAAUGCCCAAACCAAUAAAACCGCGACAAAUGCCUAUGGAAGACUUUGAUGAGGCCCAAAUAACCAAACUAAAAACCGAAAACAAACGCUUAAGACGGGAGCUAGAAGCUAAAAAAAAGAUGCUAGAAAAAUCCAAAAAGGACGUAACGAAAGCCAAAGACAUCCUCACCGACUACGAACGAAAAGUCAACUUACUUCACGUGCAAGCGUUAAAAUCCUCAAAAGCGAUGAAGGUCAGCAAAGAAAAGUUCUGUAAUUGUCUCAAAGAACGCGAAGAGAAAAUACGGUCGUUGGAACAGUCGAACGCGAUGCUGGAACAGCUGAGGUAUCAAAAGAACAGCGUUUUAACCGAUCGGGAAGAGCAGCUGAGCAACUUGAAGCUGGAUCUUGAAAAUAUGAAGAGUUCCCUCGAGGAAACCAGUUUAAAGUGUUCUGAACUCAGCAAGACCAAUCAGAGCUAUUUGGAGUCAAUGGAAAUGUUACGGGGGCAAUUGAAAAGUUCUUCAGCUGAGGUGGAUAGUCAGAGGAGCGUUAUACAGGUGCUGGAGCAAAAAUCCUUAGGACUAAACUGCCUUUGCAACAAAAUGUUUUCAAAAUUGAAAAAGCAAAAAGAAAACUUCGAAGUGGAAGUGAAAAAGAGCGAAGAAGAAAAGGGAAAAUUAACCGAGGAAAUUGCAAAAUUAUCGGAAAAACUACAGCAGAUGGAGGGUAGCACUGAGGCACUUGGUAAACUGCAAUGCCAAUGCGAAAACUUACAGAAAAAAGUCGAACAAUACGAGCUGUUUGGAGAGAAAUGUAAAAUGAUGGAAGAAGAGUGUAAACAGCGCGAAGAACAACUCUUGGAGUCCCAAAGUAAAUUCGACUUGGAAAAAAAAGAAAUGGAGAGACUGAUCAAGGAGCUAUCCAACGUAGUCAAAGACAACAAGUCCACCAUCUUUCAGAUGGCCGAAAUCAAUAAGAAACAGGAAAGUUUAAUUCAGAGUCAAAGUAUCGCCUUGAUGUCCAAGGAGGAGCAGCUCAAGGAAAUCUCGGAAAAGUCCGAAGAUUUCAAGUUGAAAGCGAUUAGUCUUGAAAAUGAGGUGCAGGAGCUGAAAAAGAGCAUUUCUGGUCCAUGUCAAAGGGAGGCUUGCCUAUGUAUUUCGCGGGAGUUAUCCGAAAUAAAAAAUGCACUGAACGAGGAAAAAGACACCCAAAGAAUAAAAGAAAAAAUCAUCGAAGACCAAUCGCAGACCAUCAUAAACCUCCAAAGCCAGGUGAAAGAAAAAGUGAGCGAACUAAAGCAGGCGCACAGCGACACCCAGUAUCUUGAGGAGGAAAUUGGGAAAAUCAACGAAAAACUGUAUAAAAAACAUCAGGAACUCGAUCAGGAGAUCAGGGAGAAGGAGGAUUUAAUGGAAAAACUAACUAUGCUUGAGGGCCAGAAAACCCAACUCCUAGACGAGAUAAAUGAGUUCGAAGAGAUGCUCCAUCAAUACAAGGACAUGUGUGGUGAUAACGAGAGCAAGCAAGACAUACUGAGAAACGUGGAACAGCAAAUAAUUGAGCAAAAAAGGGAGUGGGAUUCGCAGAAAGAAUCUAUGGCUAAGGAAAAAAAGAAAGCAGUCUGUGCGGCAAAGUUCGCCACCCAAAAACUCUUUGAAACAAUCGCCGACUUUCAAAGGCAAGUGGAGGCCCAAAGGAAGGUGCAGAUCCUCCUCACUAAAAUGCUCCACGAAAAGGACGAGCAACUGAGAGUGGUCAACUCAAAAAUAUCAAACAUCAAGCAUAUCACCAAAGACAUUUCGGAACCGAGAGACAUGCUCAUGAAAGAGUUGUUCUUCAGCGAUAACCUCCGCAGUGGAAUUUCAUCGAAGGCAAACAAUACGGAAAACGCGUCCAUGUAUUCAUCCUGCUCCAGCUGCUGUAGGAAAUCGGAGUGUUCCAGGAUAAGUCACAGAUCGACGAAAUGUGAUAGUUAUUAUGAUAGUUAUCACGGGCGUGGAAAUAUCCAGAAAAUCCAAGAGGAGCCUAGUAAAGAUAUGUGAUGAAAAUUUUUUUGCGAAUAAAUGAUUUUUUAAGUU